AUGGGCCUUCUCAAAGCCAUCCGCGGCAAGGACCAUGCCCAGACCAGCGACGCCGAGCCGUCCGAGCGUCACCAGUCGUCCUUGUAUCCCGAGCUCAAUGAGCUCAUGGUCCGUAACGACCGCUGGGCAAAGCGUGUCGCCAGUGCAGACCCUGGCUUCUUCCCGCGCCACUACCCGGGCCAGCGCCCCGAAAUCCUCUGGAUCGGAUGCUCGGACGCGCGCGUCCCAGAGACGACCAUCCUCGGAUCGCAGCCCGGAGACAUCUUCGUGCACCGCGGCAUCGCAAACCUGUACUCGCCCCAGGACGACAGCCUGAAUGCCGCCAUGAUGAUUGCGCUCAUCAACUUCAAAGUCAAGCACAUUAUCGUCUGUGGCCACUCCAACUGCGUUGGCUGCCAGACAGCACUGCGCGCGUCUGCUUUGCCGCCCGUACCCGAGACCCAGGCGAUCCAGCGCUACCUCAAGCCGCUGACGGCCCUGGCCCGCGCCAUGGCGACCGAGGACGGCCCGCCCUCCCUCGACCUGCUGGUGGAGGAGAACGUCGCGCAGCAGGUCCGCAACUUGCUCCAUUCGCAGGUGGUCCAGGACGACUGGAAGCGGAGGGGCAAGAACGGCGUGACGGUGCACGGGUGGGUGUACCAGCUUGAGAAUGGUACCGUCCGUGACCUGGUCAUCUCACAGGGCCCGCCGGGAACCACGCCCGGCGCGCGGAUCGGCCACAAGCUGUUCUAG